GCGCACAUGUGGGGGUGGUUUUACUGUUCUUCAGCCUUUUUGUCGUCUUGUGAAAGUAUACUUCAGUGUGUGCGCAGAGUUACAGGCUUUCCACCAUGUCUUCGACUGUUAGCGAAACUGCUGUGUCUGUUAACGGACAGACUGCCGGUCAAACGAGCGACGAACCCGUAAAGGUGGGCGUUAAAAGGAAACGUACGCCAUCCACGGAGGAGCAAGAGUCGGAGAGUAAGAAGACGGGGCUGGCGAACGGAGCCGUUGAGAACUCUGGGAGGGAGGGUGGCGAGGUGAGAGAGAGAGUGGCUAUACUAGACGCAGGAGCUCAGUAUGGGAAGGUGAUAGAUCGGAGGGUGAGGGAGUUGUGCGUGGAGUCUGUUCUUCUCCCCCUGGACACGUCGGCUGACCAGCUAGCCAGAGAGGGAUACAGAGCCAUCAUCAUUAGUGGAAGUCCUGGUAGUGUGAAUGAAACUCCGCCCACCUCACCCCGUGUGUACGAUCCUGCGAUAUUCUCCUCGGGGCUCCCGGUCCUGGGGAUCUGCUACGGGAUGCAGCUGAUUGCUCGUCACUACGGGGGCAGGGUAGAGAGGGGGGCGGUGAGGGAAGACGGCCAAUUCACUGUCACUCUAUCUACCGACUGCGACCUGUUUGCUGGCCUGGACACCAGACAAGAGGUGUUGCUGACUCACGGAGACUCUGUGGUUAAGGUUCCGCCCACCUGCUUGGUGGUGGGGUACAGUGGUGACAUCAUUGCUGCACUCCAACAUUCGGAGUACCCCGUCUUUGGGGUACAGUUUCACCCCGAGGUACAGCUGACGAGCAACGGAACACAAAUGAUCAGGAACUUCCUCUAUAAGAUUGCAGGGUGCAAAGGUGACUACAGUAUGGUCAGUCGGAGACAGAUGUGCAUUGACUACAUCAGACGUAGUGUAGGAGAAGCCAGCGUUUUGAGCCUAGUGAGUGGUGGUGUGGACAGUACGGUGUGCACUGCCCUACUGGUGUCGGCUCUGGGACCGGAGAAAGUGGUGGCUGUUCACAUCGACAACGGCUUCAUGAGACAGGGGGAGAGUGCAAAGGUCAAGGAGAGUCUGGAGGCAUUGGGACUAAGACUGAACGUGUAUGACGCAGGCCAGCGGUUCUACAGCUCCCAGACAGUUGUCUCGGUGGUGUGUGAGCUGGGAAUAGAGGAGAAGGUCACUGCCCCUCUUCACUCUGUCACCAGCCCCGAGGAGAAGAGAGUUAUCAUUGGAAACACAUUCAUGAAGGUAGCUGAUGAGGUGAUCAUUGACCUUCAGUUGGAGGCCGACUCUGUUUAUCUUGCACAAGGGACUCUGAGACCAGAUCUCAUCGAGAGUGCGUCUCCAAUGGCCAGUGCUCGAGCGCACGUCAUAAAGACUCAUCAUAACGACACUCAGCUAGUUAGAGAACUACGCAGGAAGGGAAGGAUCAUAGAGCCUCUCAGUGAGUUCCACAAAGACGAAGUGAGGUGUCUUGGAAUGGAACUGGGACUGCCACACUCCCUGGUCUACAGACACCCAUUCCCAGGGCCGGGGUUGGCGAUACGAGUUGUGUGUCAGAUGGAGGCGUAUGUGAGGGAAGAUUUCGCAACAACUAACACCGUUCUUUACCACCUCGUUGCCCUUGGUUGCAGGGCGGAGGUAACGCCUGGCCCAGUUCAACAGCUGAUAGAGAGAGCAUCGACCGCUAAUGACAGGGAUUUCCUCUCCAGACUCACCGAGGGAGUUCCUCUCUCUGCCACCCUCCUGCCCAUCUAUAGCGUCGGGGUUCAGGUCCGUCCUGGUCAAGUCUGUGUAUACCUGCAGGGAGACUGUAGGAGUUAUAACUAUGUGGCGGCUCUAUCAGCAGACGAGACGGCAGAGGUUCCGUGGUCUGAGGUGAUGACUCUGGCUAAACUCAUCCCCAGAAUCUGUCACAACAUCAACAGGGUGGUGUGGGUGUUUGGUAGUGCUGUACCAGGACCAGUGGUUGCCGUGACGCCCACCCUACUGACACUGUCGGUCCUGGCCACCCUGAGAGAGGUGGACGAAAGAGCACAUUCCAUUCUCCUUCGCCAUGAUGUUGGCUCACGUGUCAGUCAAAUGCCUGUUGUGCUGAUUCCAAUCGACUUCUCCUACCAACCUGACCUUCGACCUCCGCACUCUUCGUUCAAACGCUCAGUUGUACUUCGACCUUUCAUGACGUCUGAUUUCAUGACGGGAGUUCCAGCUGUUCCGGGGAAAGACUUGCCUCUAGAGGUGCUAUCCGAGAUGGUGACUGGGGUAUUAGGUGUGUCAGGAAUAAGUCGUGUUCUCUAUGACCUCACUCCCAAACCACCCGGAACAACGGAAUGGGAAUAGGAGUAUGUAUUACAUCAUCAUCAUGUUCUUCAUCAGCCAUUGACUUUGCAUUGGAGUUCAUCUGCAUUACGUGUGACGUAAUGAAUGAAAUUAUUGCGCAUGCGUACUGAGGCACAGCUUGCGGAAGGUCGAAGGUGACGCAGGAGCGUGUGCAGAAGUCUCGCCCUCCUUUCCCUUCUCUCUCUCAGCUGGCCGUCUAAAACUGGUGCCGCGUUUACCCGUAUUUGAGGAGGGGUAGGAUGGAGCCGAGCGGGCGGUCAGAGGAAGAAGACGAAGACACGCAAAGCAGCGGCGUCGGCGGGGAUUCGGGCGGGCCUCAAGAAACGCCCCUCCCUCCCGACGAGGACGGGGAAGGCUCGGGGAGCGAGGAGGAGGGAGACACGAGUGACAGCGGCUCCACCAACUCCUCCACGUCCAGCUCGGGCAGCUCCAGUUCCAGCCCCAUGGCGGCGGGGUCGCCGGGGGACGCGGCCGCGGAGACCUACAGCGGCACGCUCAUGCAGACGGACGAAUUCGGCGACCAUUUCCACGUCAACUGCGCGGGAAACGCCGCCAAGUUUUACCUCAACCGCUUCGCCCGCGGCAGCAUCGGCCGCUGCGUUCUCUUCAGAUCUCGCUGGAUUACUCCGAACGAGUUCCAAGCCAUCUCGGGUCGUCAGAGUUCCAAGGACUGGAAGCGGAGCAUACGUCUCCGCGGGCGGUGUCUGAAGGAGUACAUAGCCCAGGGGCUGUUUCAGGAGCACCUGAAGACAUGUGCGUGCAGGAUUUGCUCGGGGGAGGCGGCAGAGCACCUGCGACUGGAGGGAGAGAUGGCUCUGGCGGCCAAGCGGAGGCGACUCAGCCAGGCAGACGGAGCCUCCUGCACUGUUGCCGGGCAGAGCUCCACAUUUGGAGACGUGGUGAUGCAAGACUCCGCCCGUAGUCCAACUAACGUUGGUGUUCCGCCCGGCAAGAGAAGGAAGGGGAGAGGUGGGCGUAUCCACCGGGUGUGGUCUCCCAGUGGAGAGAUGGCUCAGGAAUUAUCGGAUGAUGAGGAGGGAGAGGAGGGGGAGAGGGGGGAGACCCUGGAGGACGAGGCUAGGGAGAAAAGACAAACAUCAGCAGAGCCAUCAGGAGAGCUGCGUCGUCGCUCUCUGCGGUUUGCGGACCGGAGACACACGGGGCACCGGACGGAGCUGGGCACAUUCUCACGUCGACCUCGGGAAUGGGACACAGAGGAAGUCGCCGAGUUCCUCAAGUCUCAAGGCUACGGCCAACACUCUCAGAUGUUCCUGGAGGAAGGCGUGGACGGAGAGAGUCUGUUCCUCUUAAAAGAGGGUCACCUUGUGGACACGUUUGGACUGAAACUUGGACCAGCUCUUAAACUGCUCUACACUAUUGGCUGUCUUCGACACCCUCCGGUCUAGUCUGGUACCCCCUCCCUUUACCACUACCACGGUAGUCUGGUACCCCCUCCCCCUUACCAUUACACCCCAGUCCGGCCAGAAAGCUCCUCUUCAUAAUAGUCUAUUAUCUACUCCACUUUCACCGUUUAUGUAUUCUCCUGAUUGUCAUGUAGUCUUAUGUAAUUGUCUUUCAAUAUUGUCAUGUGAUCUUAUGUAAUUGUCCUGUUAUUGUCAUGUGAUCUUAUGUAAUUUUCUUCUGAAUCUUGUGGUUUGUCUUAUCUAUCGUGACAUCUGCAUAUAAUACAUGUCAUUAUCAUCACAGGUCAACAUUCCACCACCCAAUACCUAUGUAUACAUGAAGUAUACCACUUGCAAAAAUUCAUCAUGUGACAUGAUUGUACAAUAAUCGUGACGAUGAUGUAAUGCUAAUGAUGUCAUGAUGAUAUAAUGCUAGCAAUGUUGGUCUAGCCAGGAAGUGAUUUCAUCAAGCUCUGCCUCUCCAUCUUGGCCACGCCCUCUGGCACUACAGCUAACAAACUCUAUCUUCACUCCCUUCGGAAGAUCACUGAAUUCAAAUGGCUUCCCAGAUUUACCAAGGGGUUUGGCUUGGGAUUGACCUUUUGACCCCAGCGAAGUCAGCUUGGCUGAGCGGCUCACUCUCAGUUCUGAUAUCUCUUCUUCUAGAAGUUUCCUGACGGCCAUCUUGUUCUUGGCCAAAGAAAGGUCCUGUUUGUUACAGGUCAUUAGGACAGGGACUUUCCCCUUGACGACCGCUGGCUCCUGAAACAGGUCGUAAACCAGUUCGGUGACCCCCCGAACCUCGCUGGGGAAAUUAUCGCUGUCUAUCACCACGACAACUGCCCUGGGGAGAUCAACGACACAGCGUUUAACAUUUUUACAGAAACCAUGUUUUGUGAUUCGUGAACACAUG